AUGAAGGGGAACAACAGGAGUAGCUUCUUGCCUGGCUGUCCAGUGGAGAUUCUGACUGGCAUUCCUGAGGGGACGAUUCUAACUGUGCAGCCCUUACAAGAGUCCACUGGCAACACCUUCCUGCAGGUUACCCCUACUGAUGGAGGCUCAUCCGCAAUAGUGUCCACAUCCAAACCUUUGGAUGCUGACUCUCUCGUGCAAUUAAACAGACGCACACUGCAGAUCAACGAUCUCAAUGAUAACACACCAGUCUUUCAGGGUGGUCCUUACAACAAGGAAAUCACUGAGGCUCUUGCAGUGGGUUCAUCAGUCCUUAGAGUAACAGCGGUGGAUGCUGACGCAACAAACGCCAACAACGUAGUCUCCUAUUCCAUCCAGGCUCCACAGCCACCCGAGUUUUCCAUUGACACCAGUGGGGUGAUCAAGCUGGUGGAUGAACUGAACUACAACGCCGCUACUAGCUACACAUUCACAGUCAUAGCACGGGACCCACCCGGUCUGACUGCCACCGCUGCUGUGACUGUGACAGUGGCCGACUAUGACGACUUGAACCCUUACUUUGACCACAACGUCUACACGGGCUCCAUAAUGGAGAACGGGGUGGGGGAAAUGACUUCUGUCCUGCCAGAGGCCAUCAAAGCCCAAGAUGGAGACAAGGGCAUCAACCAACCAGUGGUCUACAGCAUCACUUCAGUGGAUCCAAGUGAAUUCAGAGAUAAAGUGGACAUUGAUCCCAACACUGGUGUCAUCCUAGUGAUAAGGGCACUGGACCGAGAACAAGUAUCAUCUUUCAAUAUCCAAAUAAAGGCAGAGCAGAAUAACGAUCCUGCCAAAGCGGCUUACGCCUUAGUGGUGGUAAACGUGGGGGAUAGGAAUGAUAACCCCCCCGAGUUUGACAAGACCGCCUACAACGCAUCCAUUCCGGAAAAUUCUCCAAACGGCUACUUCGUCCUACAGACCAAAGUCACCGACAAAGACCUGGGAGGGUUUAUUGGGACGCUGCGCCUCAUCCCAGACACGGUGCCUUUUACCAUUAGCAAUGACGGCAUCAUCACAGUGAAGACAUCAGCUGACUUGGACCGAGAGACCAGCCCCAGCUUCACCUUCCAGGUGGAGGCGAGGGAGGAUGAGUCCCCUAACCAUACAGAGACGGCUGAUGUAGUGAUCACUCUUUCGGACGUCAACGACAACAGCCCACAGUUCAGCAGCAGCAAGUACGAGGGCAAAGUCUUCAGCAAUCAGACCGUCGGAAUGAACGUUGUCAAGGUGGAGGCGACUGACGCAGACGAGGGAGUGAACGGGGAGGUGACCUACUCCAUUGAUGCGGGUAACGAGGACGACCACUUCGCCCUUGAUGAGAACAGCGGGGACAUCACCUUGGCCAAGGUCAUCAUCCUGGAGGAUAACACAGUGAAGCGCUUCUCCUUGUAUGUCACGGCCAGAGAUGGUGGUGAGAUGUCCAGAGCAUCUUCAGCGCCGGUGGCCAUUCAGGCUCCCGGAAACUCCGAUCCCCAGUUUCUUGCAACGACGUACCAUGGUACAGUGGAGGAAGAGCAGAACCCUCCCAUAAACAUUGUCAAAGUCGCUUUCUAUUCUGUGGGCUCAGUUGUUCCAGUGACCCUGCAGGUGAACACCCACCAGGAUCUAUUCUCCAUUGACAACAACGGCGAGCUAUUCACUAAGGCCAAGCUCGACUACGAGGACCAGGCCAACUACACCGUAAGCAUCUCCCUGUCUGACGGAACCAAAUCCGACACGGCGGAGGUCAAAGUUCAGGUGCUGGACGUGAACGAUAACUCCCCCGUGUUUGUGGGCAACCCCUUUACGUUCACGCUGUCCGAGGAUGUGAAGCUCGGGACCAAUGUGACGGUGUUGACGGCCACGGACGCGGACUCCGGUUUCAACGGCGAGGUGCGCUACUCCAUUCAGGGCGGAGGUGGAAGUUUCGGAGUCGACCCCGAAACGGGACGCAUCACCGUGGACAAAGCCCUAGAUCGAGAGGAAGCAGAUGAGAUCACCUUCAAGGUCGUGGCCGCCGAUCAAGGUCGUCCGUCCCGCUCGGCCACCGCAGACGUGACAGUCACCGUUACGGACGUCAACGACAACAAUCCAGUCUUCGCUGUGGCGCAGCACUUCGUCACUGUGUCAGAGAUCGACGAGCCGGGUCUGGUACUGGUCAAACUCAACGCCACGGACGCGGACGAUGGCGUGAACGCGGCUGUCACAUACCUGAUCGCCAAGCAGGACCCCACGUCGGAACCACCGGCAUUCGCGGUGGACGCUGUCUCCGGAGAGCUGACGCUGACUACCAAGUUGGAUUUCGGCAACGCAACGCGCUACGUGCUGACGGUGGAGGCGGUGGACGGUGGAACGCCGACGCUGACGGGUAUCGCCACGGUGACGGUACAGGUGGAGGACGUGAACAACAACCCGCCAGAGUUCAGCCAGGAGCAGUACGACGUGGCCGUGCCGGAGAACCUGGCUGGAGGGGCCGUAGUGGUCUCAUUGGAGGUCACAGACAAGGAUAAGGAUGGUUUCUCCAAUGGCCAUUUCCUCAUGACGAGUGAUACCUUUAACAUCAACAAGAUGGGGGCCAUCUCUCUAAACAGCGACGCCACUCUGGACAGGGAGAGUCAGGACACCUACAUGUUACAGGUGGUGGCAGUGGACCAGCCUGUGGGCGGCCUGAGUGCGACGGCCCAGGUCAACAUCACCAUCACGGACAUCAACGACAACAACCCAGAGUUCCUCCCGCUGCCAGACCCCAUCGCCAUCGCCGAGGGCGACUACUCGCCGGCCGAGCCUGGCAUCGUGUGUGUCAUCGAGGCCGAGGACAAGGACGUAGGGGACAACGGGCGUGUGACACUGUCCACAUCAUCCAACCACACCUUCACGUUCAAGGAGGACGGGACUCUCAUAGCAGUGACUGAUCUGGACAGAGAAAAACAGGAUUCAUACGACCUAGUCAUCGUCGCCACGGACCAUGGCAAGCCUCAGAGACAGACUGUCACCAACAUCAGAGUCACUGUCACUGACGUGAAUGACAACGACCCAGUGUUCAGCAUGGAGACGUACUCCAAGAGUAUCCUGGCCAAGGACGCCAAGAAGGGGGACCUGGUGCUGACCAUCGCAGCCACGGAUAAGGACGCCGGGAACAACUCUCUCAUCACAUACAGUAUCACUGAUGGAGCCUCGGAGUACAUCAGCCUCGACCCUGACAGCGGUGACCUUGUCUUGACCUCUGACCUUGCUGGCAUCACAGAGGACAUGCUGCUCAACAUCACGGCACAGGCCCAGGACCAGGGCAAGCCUCCACGCUCAUCUACAGCCACCGUCCUCAUCUUCAUCCGCACGGUAAGCUUGGAGGACGGCCUGGCUUUUUCCCGCCCCACCUACAACUUCAGCGUCCUGGAGCACAUGCUCAGCGGCAGCGAGGUGGGAGUGGUGCUGGCAUCCUCUGGCAGCCCCCUCUUCACCGUCAGCUACACCCUGAAGACCCACCAGGACGCGUUCUCCAUUGACAGUUCCGGGUUGAUUCUGACCCGCGUCGAGCUGGACAUGGAGACCGAGGCGCUGUAUGUGUUGUCUGUGGAGGCCAAUGAUACCAGGACGCCACCUAACACCGCCCUCACAGUGGUGACAGUUCAGGUAAAGAAUGUGAACGAGGUUCCAGUGUUUGACAACAAGACCUACAAGGCAGAGAUCUUCAGCAAUGCUCCCUUUAAAACACCUGUCGUCCAAGUCAAGGCCACAGACCCUGACGUGGGGGACAUGCUGCAGUAUUCCCUGGUGGAGCCCAACUCCAUGUUUGAUAUAGAGCCCUCUAGUGGCCAGGUGUAUGUAGUGUCGCUGGAAGGAGAGAGCGGGAAAGAAACCCUGGAGGUCAAAGCUGAAGACAAACAUGGACUGUAUGCCACAGCUACAGUGGAGGUGACAGUGAAUGAAGUGGAGGACACCAACGUCGUGGUCAUCUCCCUCAACCAGCCAAUCAACGCAGUGGAGAAGAAAGCACCAGAGCUGGAGCAAGUUCUUGGCUGGACCGUCAGGAUAGUCAGCAUCAGCACCAGCAACGGUGGUGCAAGUGACCGCAGCGCUCCCAUUGGUCGAGAAUCCAGGACGUAUGUCAGCUUUGUCGCCAUGGAUACCAGUGGCACUGCCAUAACCGCCGAGAAAGUCAAAAGCAAGUUGACGGAGGAGGAGGAGCAGGUCCAGUCGGAGCUGGAGAAGGUGUUUGGCUCUGACCUAGAGCACGAGGUGGAGAGGGGCCCUGGGGAGAGCGUCUCCAACCCCAUGCAGAUCGCCGUCAUCGCCCUCAGCGUCCUGCUGGGUCUGAGUAUUGUGGGAAUCAUAGUCCUGACCGUGGUCUCUGUCAAAAAAUCAUCAGGGAAAGUGAAUCCAGCAAACUCUGCUCAGUCGAGUCCGCAGAGCCAGAGGAGAGCGUCCAAGGUCUCUAAGCGAGAGGACAACACCAGUGAAGAGGGAAGCGACACAGAUCGACUUUAA